GCGGGCGCAGGAGGCGCGGGGGAUGUCGGCCACGUGCGCCGUGUCCCGGAAAGCGCCGCUGCCAAGGCCGCGUCCCCAGGGCGAGAGGGAGCCGCCCGCCAAGGUGAUGCGCAGGGGGCUCCGGCGAGGCCGCGAGGAGGAGCGGGAGCAGCUGCCGUGGUCGGGAGAGAGCGCGAGCGGCAUGGGCGCGGAGGCCGAGGCGGAGCGGGCGGCACCGCUGAGCGACGAGCGGCGGAGGCGGCCGCCUCUAGAGCCGAGGGCGCCGCCGACGGCGUCGGCCAGGGCGGUGGAGGAGGAGGAGCGUCUGGAGCGGGAACAUUUUCGGAGGAUCAUCAACGCUUUCCGCUAUUACGGAACGAAUAUGCAUGAACGAGUGAACAGAACAGAGAGGCAGUUUAAGUCUCUCCCAGCUAACCAACAGAGUCUUCUUCCUCAAUUUCUCCCUCACCUUGACAAGAUCCGGAAGUGCAUUGAUCAUAAUCAAGAAAUACUACAAACCAUUGUGAAUGACUGUGUUCAUAUGUUUGAAAAUAAGGAAUAUGGAGAAGAUGGAAGUGGGAAGAUUACACCAGCUUCAACAUUUGACAUGGAUAAAUUAAAGUCCACAUUGAAGCAGUUUGUGAGAGACUGGAGUGAAGAGGGAAAGUCAGAGCGGGAUUCUUGCUACCAGCCAAUUAUUAGUGAAAUUAUAAAGAACUUUCCAAAAGAAAGAUGGGAUUUCUCCAAAGUUAAUAUCCUGGUACCUGGUGCUGGGCUAGGUAGAUUGGCGUGGGAAAUAGCUAUGCUCGGUUAUGCUUGCCAAGGAAAUGAAUGGAGCCUCUUUAUGCUCUUUUCUUCUAACUUUGUACUCAACAGAUGCUCUCAAAUUAAUUCAUGUAAGCUUUAUCCCUGGAUUCAUCAAUUUAGCAAUAACAGAAGAUCUGCUGAUCAGAUACGACCAAUUUAUUUCCCAGAUGUUGAUCCUCACAGUCUUCCUUCUGGUUCAAACUUCUCUAUGACAGCAGGGGAUUUUCAGGAAAUUUAUUCUGAGUGCAAUACGUGGGACUGCGUAGCAACUUGCUUUUUCAUAGAUACAGCACAUAAUGUUAUUGACUAUAUUGAUACUAUAUGGAAAAUACUAAAGCCUGGAGGAAUAUGGAUAAAUCCAUUUCUGUUGUAUCUUUGUACUUCAGGUCCUCUCCUUUACCAUUUUGAAAACUUGGGAAAUGAACUUUCCAUAGAAUUAAGCUAUGAGGAUAUAAAGAAUGUUAUCCUGCAGUAUGGAUUCCAUAUAGAGGUGGAGAAAGAAUCUGUACUGUCAACUUACACUGUGAAUGAACUCUCCAUGAUGAAAUACUACUAUGAAUGUGUGUUGUUUGUGGUUAGAAAACCGGAAUAGUAGUGGUUUGAAUAGGUUAAUGAGAAAAUAAUGUUGGUUUGAAAGCUAGAAAUGAGAAUAAAAUCGUCUGGUGAUGUAUGGACACAACCUCAAAUCAGUGGUGCCUUCUUGUUCCUAAGAGGAUAUAGAUAGUGUCUAUUUUCUUAAUAUCUCUGUUGCUAUUCAGACAUUUACUGCGCCAUGGAUAUUCAUAAUACACUUGUGAAAGAUUAAAUAUUCACAUGCACUGUCUUUGUGCUUUGGAAUGCAUUAAACAAAAAAGCAAAAUUGUUUUCUUGAGAACAAAAUGUAAUGUUUGCCAUAACUAGGCUAAUUCUCUGCAAAUGCUGCCUCAUUUUUCAUAGAUUUAUAGUGCUUUUUUUCCUACUUGAUGAUAUUAGGAAUGCAUGGAAGUGCUUACUGUACUAGCUGUAUCACUUUUAGAGAAGUGUUUGUAAAUGUAUACUUAAAUUAUGAAGUCCAAAAUGAUUAGGAAGCGGUAAAAUUAUUCUUGAACAAAUAAAUUAGUUAUCAGAACUGUUAGAGCAUUUCCUGUGCAACUGAAGUAAAGGAGGAUAUCUACAAAUUCUGAUCUUUGGCUGUAUCACUGUUAAAGGUUUAAUCAAAAACCGUAACUGAUAGGAAAUUAGAAAUGCUAUGUGAAAGCAGAAUACUGAGUGAAGAAAAAGCAGACUAUCACAGAGAAGCAGUCUGUUAACCUCAGUUCAGGAAAACACUGGUCUUGAUUGAUCGUAAUGUUGGAACUGAAAUGUGUUAGAUGCUUUGCUUUCUUGAAAUAACACUGAUUUUUGAGUCAUCUUCUACUGUUUAGGACGGAACUUUUAAAGUUGAUAAACAUAAGCUGAGUUAUCCAUGCCACAUGUAGGUAGUACAACAUAAAAAUACCUGUCGGAGCAGUGAAGUUACAUGUAAAUAUGUGCUAUAACAUAAUUACUUCCACCUGAGCCAGGAUGUGGCAGGCCAAAUGGUAGACAAUUUCUUUGUAACUUCACUUUACCCCUGCGACUUCUUGGUUCCUCCUACUA